AUGAUAAACAAGAGUAAAACUACUCUCUUUUUUAGUAAGAAUACUGAUGCACAGAUUAUGGAGGAAAUAAAGUUGUCUUUACGUGUCCCUGCCAUUCAACAUUAUGAGAAGUAUUUGGGGCUGCCAUCUUUUGUUGGUAGAGGGAAAAAAGCAUGCUUUGCGCAAAUAAAGGAGCGGAUUUGGGCAAAAAUGCAAGGGUGGAAAGAGAAACCUCUGUCUCAGGCUGGAAAGGAGAAACUUCUGUCUCAAGCUGGAAAGGAAGUUAUGAUAAAAGCAAUAGUUGAAUCUAUACCUACUUAUUCCAUGAGUGUAUUCAAAUUGCCUGUUGGUCUAUGUAAAGAUAUUGAAGCAAUGAUCCGGAAGUUUUGGUGA